AAAUGGGUUGGAUAAGCUGGCGGUAUCGCCCUACUACCGCCAGCUUUACCGCCCAAAAAAACCUCUUAAUUGAAGCGGUUUAUUACGGGUCAGAGCUUGGUUUGUUUCGUUACAAAGAGCUUCGUCGUUCAGAUGGGUCUGAGUCCGAAGAGGGUCGCGAUGAUUUCCAAGAGCUAGAUCUCUCAUCAACCACCACCACACCAGUCAGUAUAUAAAUCAGAUUUGGUCAUUCUGCCUCCUCCACAACAUUCCAUACGCACAGCAGUGCCCGAAGGCUCUCAUCUCUCCAGAUAUGUCAUGGAAAGGGAAAGAUAAAAUGGCUACAUAUGAGGGUAGUCAGAAUGAGAGAAUCAAAUGGGAUGACACGACUACUCGUGUAUUGGUGGAGAUAUGUGUUGCUGUUAUGAAAGCUACUAAGCAAGUCCCUGGCACUAGUAUCCCAAAACUAGAAUGGGAAGAACUUGUUGUCCAAUUCAAUGCUAAAACGGGACUUAGCUACCCAAAGCAAUCGUUAAAAAAUAAAUGGGAUUUGCUUAGAAAGGACUGGACAUUAUGGACCAAAAUGACUGCUAGGGACACAGGUAUUGGGUGGAAUGGGAGCAAGCAAACAAUAUAUGCAAGCGAUGAAUGGUGGGAAGAGAAAAUUAAGGAGAACAAAGAAUAUGCCAAGUUCCGCAAACAUGCGUUCAAACAUAAGGCAGACCUUGAAUUCUGUUUUACAGGUACAUAUGCCACUGGAUCAGCCCGAUUAGCACCUUCUAGUGGAUACAUACCACCUCCAAAAUACCCUGUGAGUGAAGGUACUCAGUAUACCCAACAUGAGAAUGGUUUGGAGACUUGGUUUGGAGGAGGAUAUGUGCCAGAGCCACCUAACCCUUGCACUGAUCCACCCAAUGUUUUCAACCUUGGGGAAUCUCCACAAAGAGUCAUAGAAGAUGAUGAUAUUUCUUCUGCAAGUUCGCGUAAUAAGGGUGUUCCAGUGACACUGUCGCACACAUCCGAAUCAUUGGGAAAGAGAUCAUUUGAAGGAUCAGUUAACAGGAGUUCAAGUAAGAAGCAAUCGGUCACCAGAGCUGAUGAACAUGACACAAUGCUGAGAUUGGUAAAGGCUGUGGAGACCCAUGUGUCUGUUAGUAAUUCUGUGGCACCAACUAGGUCUGGGAAUGUCAACAACACCACUGUGGCUAUGGAAAUACUUAGCCAGAUGAGGAGGGAGCAACCAAUUUCUAAUGAUAUCAUUCUCUUCGCAGCUGACUUAUUCGCGGAUAAUCGUGCCAAAGCAGACAUGUUCUGCAGCUUGGACCCCGACUUGAGACUGCCAUAUCUGGAGAAGAAAUACCAACAGAGCACAAAUAUGGGUGGCAAUAGGAAAACUGAUAUGGUUGAUGAUGACUAUGAUGAUGAAUGGGAUGAUGACUAUGAUGAUGAAUGGGAAGUCAACCGUAAAAGGAAUGAUGAUUUUAUACUCAUUACGUCUGUAACUGCAGCUGCAAUUUGGUAUCAAAAUAGACGUGCGGCCUAGUUUGAUAAGGUCCCGUGUAGGACA